UUUUCACGUUGUCAUUUUGCAGGAGCAAGACGUUGAAAAUUUGUUAAAAAUGUCCCAACCAAAGGUUCCUCACAUUGUGGGCGAUGAUGAUGAAUAUCAAGGAGCUUUAGCUCCCGAAAGUGAUGAGAUUACAAACGAGUCUUCUGUGGAAAUUGAUCAAGAUGAUCAAGGUGAUCAAGAUGAUCAAGGUGAUCAAGAUGAUCAAGGUGAUCAAGAUGAUGAAGAUGAUCAAGGUGAUCAAGAUGAUCAAGGUGAUCAAGAUGACUAUUCCAACGAAGAUGAAAUGGAUUUGGAUGGGGCAGACUGGUCCCCAUAUGUCACCUAUGAGGCGGGUGCACCACGUCCAAAAAGUGCUUUGGAGAUUACCGAAAUUGUCGAGUUGCCAAAAAUUCCAAUGAUAAACCCCACCUCACCCAAACUGGUGGUACAGAAGCCAGAGACCCUGAAGGUACACAUCGUGGGGCCUGAGAAGAAUAUCAUCAUCUCUCGCGCCAAUUAUGCGACAUCAGAGUCCAUUGGAGCUCGCGUUUCCCGACGUAGCUGGGGCAACUUGGAACCAUUUCUCCGUAGUUUGGCACGUAGCACUACGACCGAGACCUCAGGGGAUACCGGCUCCGUAUCACCAGGUCAGCUGCUGGCCAAGCCCGUGGAUGUCACCGAUUUCUUUCAUACCAUUGCUGUGGGUCUCGUUGAGCAGCGCAUCUGCUUGAAGCCUUUUUUGGCGUUGCGCAAACAUAUUGCUCAUCUGGUGGACAAGACUGUGAAGCAAUCCAAGAAGAUGCGCAAGUAAUACAUGUAACAUCCAAGAGUACAACAUCCAUCCAAUAAUAUCCAAUAAAUAAUAUUUUGCGUUCA